CUCCGAACCACCCACCAGCAUCGCUACCAGAUCAGGCGAUCCGGUCCGAACUGGGAGCAUUUCACCCCUGGCCAAACCUAUAUAUAAACCAAGCAGAAACCUUCUAACACUGAUGAUAGUACCUAGUUGGGUAUUAAAAUGUCUACAGGAAAACAACCAAGCUUGGUGAGCACCAAAGUCUUCAGAGUCCAACCCUGAGCUAGUAAACCUAAAUCUUGCAUAGCUUCUUCUCCAGAAAGAUUACGCUAUUAACCACAGCAUACAAAACAUUUGCUAGACCAAUUCUCAAUUACAGCUCGCCUGUCUGGAACCCACACUUCAUUUUGGACAUUAAUACAAUUGAGCACGUCCAGAAAUAUUUUGCAAGAAGAGUCCUCCAUUCCUCUGAUCACAACAAAAUACCUUAUGCCACCAGACUUGAAAUUCUGGAUUUAGAAAAUUUAGAACUAUGCCACCUUCGGCAUGACCAGAGCAUAACUCAUAAAAUCAUCUGUUACAAUGUCCUUCCUGUUGAAGACUACUUUCAGCUUUAACCACAACAAUGCACGAGCGCACAAUAGAUUCAAACUUAAAGUGAACCGCUCCACUCUUGAUUGUAGAAAAUAUGACUUCAGUAACAGAGUUGUUAAUGCCUGGAAUGCACUACCUGACUCUGUGGUCUCAUCCCAAAAUCCCCAAAACUUUAACCUAAGACUAUCUACUAUUGACCUCACCCCAUUCCUAAGAGGUCUGUAAGGGUCGUGCAUAAGAGCACCAGUGUGCCUACCGUUCGUGUCCUAAUGUUCCUUUUGGUUGUAUUCAGUUUGCAUGGUUAUUUCAUGCUUAUAUUUAUAUAUAUAUUGUUGUGUUUGACAAAAUAAAUAAAUAAAAAUAAAAAUAAAUAAAAAAUUUAUUCUCUUCUAAGUAGACCAAUGUUUCUCAAUCUUGGUUAUUUUAAGAGGUGUGCACUUUGUUGUUGUUGUUGUGAAUGCCACAAUAACAAUUUCUUUCAAGCGAGUACUUGAAAUUUAUGCUGGAAAUGUGAGCAACACGAAGGGAUGUAUUAUGUUUGAUGGAGAUGCAAGAAAACCAGCAAUUUUUGGAUCCAAACACACGGAGCUAAUUCAGAAGAUUUUAAAGGCUUUCAAGAUUUUGAAGACUAACGUACAAUUGAAACCAGAGACUUUUCUUUGGGGCUGAAUAGAUAAACGGCUGGAACAGAAAUCAGAGAGCUUUGUUUUGAUAUGUGACAAGUGCAGCAAGGUUGUUAUUCGCUUGAAAGUGAAAAGAUUCGGUACUGUCUUCAAAGGAGGAAUGGUUGGUGUAGUUGAUGAAACUUACCGUAUUUUUCGGAGUAUAAGACGCACCGGAGUAUAAGACGCACCUUAGUUUUUGGGGAGGAGGCUCUGAAGCUCUGUUUGGGAGCCUCUUUUCUGAAGCUCUGUUUGGGUUGUUUUUUUUUCUGAAGUUCUGUUUGAUGGCUUCUUUUCUGAAGCUUCUUUCAGCCUCUGAAACCUCCGUUUGAGAAGCUGGGUGGGGCUUCAUUCGGAGCAUAAGAGGCACCCAGAUUUUCACCCUCUUUUUUUGGGGGGGGGGGAAGGUGCGUCUUAUACUCCAAAAAACACUGUAGCUAAUUUAAUUAAAGAAAAGACAGUGAUUUCUUGUGCUGCUGGCUGGAAACCCCUUAGGGACUUUUUGCAUGAAGUAGGAAAAAUGGGUAUGAUUUGUUGUGUUAGAAAAUAUUAGGUAAUAAAAGAAAGGUGUUUAUUUUUUCUAAAGAGAUCAUUGUGUAACCACGCUUAUAUUUGCUGCAAAAAAAUUGGAAACUUCUAUUUAUCUUUUCUUUGUGUUUUGUCUUUUUGUUGCUCCUUUUUUUUCCCACUUUUACUUCGUAUUGGGUUUUUUUUUUCCAGUGCUAUUCUUCUUUUUUUAAGACAGGUCAUAACAUUUUGACAACAAGAAGAUUUUAAUUCCCUGACUAGAACUUGUGUGCCACUCAACUCCAAGUGAUUUUGGAGCUACCCACAAAGUAUAAUUUGGCCCCUGGAAGAACUUUCAGGGCUCCUUGUAAAGAAUUUAGAGCUUAGCUGUCAAUCAGAGCUUCCUGGGCUCUGACGUGGAUGCUUGUGUACACAAAUCCUACCUAUAUAAGGAGAACAAAGAGCGUUUUUUUCACUGAGUCUUAUCAAAAGCUUCUGUUGCUUUCUCCUGCCCCAUUGCAAAAAAUGCUGAAUUUUGUAUUUUUGCUGUUGGUCUGUCUCGUAAACCUGCAGUCCUCCUCUUGUGAAGAAGAUAGAAGGAAUGCUAUCAUUUCCGCCAUGGAGGAGGCAGUUAUGUUCCUGGCUGAAAACUACGAUGAAAUUAACAUGGAUGCGAUAGUGGGAUUCACUAUCUUGGAAGCGUAUUUGACCGUGAUAGUGGAGAACUGGCAAGACCUGGAGGAAUUAACCAUCGAGCAGCAGAGAAUCCUGAUGUUGAGGGAAAACAUGGUGGCCUUCAUGGAGAAGGCAGUCCAAAAUGCUGAAAAACAGGAUCCGGUUUCCUACAAAGAGUUUGCUCCAGCUUUAAAACCAGGAUUUUGGAAAGUCCCUCGUAAAUGGAAAAAGAUUAAUGAGUUUAUUUCUUACUCUCCAACAAGCGGCAACUGUCUGGAUUUAGAAACCAGUGAUUUUUGCAUCUCGGCUCUAUUAGGAACACAGAAUGACUCUGAUGUAUGCUGGAUUCCAGACAAUUGCUCCAGUCUCAUGAUUAACGCUCACUGUGAUGGCUAUUCGCUGUCCCACCAACUUUUUUACUUUCUGUUCGCCAGGAUGCAAUCGUGCCCUAAUUCGCUCUUCCAAAAUGCCGGGUACUAUGAAAACAUGAUCUGUAGUUUGAUGAUGCAAACCAAUCGCCAUCUCGAAAAGAAGAAUCUUAAUGACAAUUUUGGAGACCUCUUUACCGAGAACAUUAUGUUUUGCGGGCUAGCUGGAUUCUCAGAUUUCUUCCAGACUUCCUGGCUUGACCGCAUUCUCAGCUGGCAGAAACAGGACAAAGGAUGUUUCUGGAUGUACACUUCUUCCAAUGAAGAGGGCCACAUGGGAAGAAGGACUAAGAGAUCAGAGAAAAUUGUUGAAGGUGUCUGCUCUUCCCAUAACACUGCUGUGGCUGUUGGAGCACUUGGGGGCUUCCUCGUCUACUUACGAUGAUCCAUCUUCAUCACAGUCUAAACCCAGCUUUCUCUGGGCAGCUGUCCUACAACAAAUACCCAACUUCAUCUGAAAACAACCUCGUUUUUUUCUUUCUUGCUUUUUUUUUUAAAGAAUCAAUAUCUCCCCCAUCUGGGUGUCUUCUAGAUCUGGGAUCUCCAACCUUGGCAACUUUAAGACUUGUGGACUUCAACUCCCAGAAUUCCUCAGCCAAUUCCCAGAAUUCUGGGAAUUGAAGUCCACAAGUCUUAAAGUUGGAGACCUCUGUUCUAGAUGUAUUGGGCCAUGCAUCUCAUCCUGAAACACCUUGAGAUCUCCUGGCUUGGAAAGCUAGUCUUUCUAGCCCUCUAGAAAACUACAGGAGACAAGUUUUCCAUCGGUUUUGAAAUGCAUUGCUCCUAGCAACACUUUUAGGUGGAUUCACAGGUAUGAAACAUUCAAAAUUAAGUCCACUUCAACACCCAUCCCGGCCAGUCCUCUUAUCAAUAGAUUUGGACAGAGAGGAAUAAGGAGGAAGAAAGGAAAAGAAAAGGAUUUCAAGAUUUUGUUACUGUGGUCUAGGUCAAUAGAUUUCCAGCAUAUUGGUGGGUUUUAUUUCCUGCCUUCUAGGAAAUGUUUUCUAUGUUUCCCUCUUAUGCUCCUGGGAGUUAAAGCAGAGUCAAUUUAAGAUACUUUCUGUUGUUUUCUUCAAUAUCUCAAAUAAACAA